CAGAUCUAUACUUUUAUUGAGCGUGUAUAUGUUCUACUUGUAUGUACAUAUUAAUUUCUAGUUGUGUGUGCUGGUCAUACUGUAUGCAAUGUAGGCUGAUGCAGUUUUUGUUGUACAUUUUUAAUGCUAAAGGUGUCAACUGAUGAAGUGAAAUGUUGUGUUUUUGUUACAGGAUGCAGGAGACCAUACUGCUCUUCUGUCUUUCAGGGCUCUUCCUGGGCCACCAUGCCUUUCCUCCUAUCAAAUCCUACUACUAUGUGGACCAGAAGCUGAGCUGGACCGAUGCUCAGCAACACUGCAGGGAGCGGAAUGCGGACCUGGCCACCGUAGACAACGUAGCGGACCUCCAGCACCUGCAAGAGUCCAGAACGGGCUUUAAUUACGACGAAGACUUCAUGUGGAUCGGACUUUAUGAUGACCGCACCCGUUGGAAGUGGUCCCUCGGAGACCAAGACUACAAAAUUGGCCAAAACUAUGGAACGUGGCAUGGUAGUGACCCAAACUUCUUCAAUAACGAAGAGAAUUGUACAGGCACUACCCCUUCAGGUAGCUGGUUCGAUACGUUGUGCCACAAUCUAAAAGCUGCAGUUUGCUUUGAUGAUGAAGAGUCCAACUACAUCUUGGUCCAAAACCCAAUGACUUGGUACGAGGCGUUGCAAUACUGCCGGUCUCACUACACUGACCUGGCCAUUGUGCGCAACGCGGCUGAGAACGGCAAAUUAUUGGCACUUAAUCCACAAUCAUCAUGGAUUGGUCUCCACAGACAUCCGUGGUCCCACUGGUCUGACGGAAGUAGGUCAACCUUCUUGAAUUGGGCACAAGGUGAACCAAACAACUAUGGUGGCUCCGUUUCUCCACGUUGUGCAGCAAUUUAUGGUACCUCAGGGAGUUUUAUUGACCAGGAAUGUGACUAUUGGUAUAACUUCGCCUGCCAGAGAAAACCAAAACAACGCUCAAUCUUCAAGUUGAAGAUCAGCUCUGAAGCCGACAUGACAGAUCCUGUGGUGGGACAACAGAUUUUGGAACAGGAGAAGGAGGCGGAGGACGUCGUCUACCCGUUGUGGCGACGGACAGGCCUUCAUGGCGACUGCAUCAAGAGACACCCCGAGAAAGACUGUGCUCUGCGAUGGAACCAGGCAACUCUUCGUGAGAUUCAUCCGGAGACCCAGGUGGGCCACAUGGGAGAAAAGAACAGUCGUUUCCAGAGUCUGGGAUCGCGCACAGAGGAGCCAGUCGUCCAGAUAUGGCAGGAUCGUCAUGCUCCGCGACUGCAGAGGUGA